AUGUCUGACCAGGUGCAAGAACUCCUUAACGUCCCUCGGGAAUUCCUCAAGGAUGGCAUGAUGUUCAUCAACCGAAGCCAGAAGCCCGACAAGCGUGAAUUCAUCAAGAUCAGCCAGGCUGUCGGUACCGGCUUCCUGGUCAUGGGUUUCAUCGGCUACAUUGUCAAGCUGAUCCACAUCCCCGUCAACAACGUUCUCGUCGGUGGCGCAUAAACAUUUGAUCGAUUCGGCUCUUGAUACCAGCGGUGUGUAACGGGACAGGCGAACGGCGGAUCGGAUUUCGGACCAUUUCACUCGUGCCAAUGGAUGGGACGCCCAGAGGAUACCUUGGCCACGGUCUCAUAAUAUUCAUGACUUGUAUUGCAUUAAUUGGGACGUUAAAUGCCGACCACUCGAGGGGGAUAGUCAGUCUUUGAGGACUGCACCUUUAUUGUGGUGGUCGGCCCCCAGGCGAGAUACCAGGUUUUAUUUUUUUUCUACCCUCCAGGUAGUGCGCUUCCGUUCGACUGUACAUAAUAAUUUGUUCUUGCUUCUGGAAAAUGGAAAAGCACUAAACUUGCAAUUU